AUGAACAUUGCCGUCAUGAAGGCCUCGCAAUCGACAAUCAAAGUCACAGGACAGCUCUUGACUAUCAUUCCAGCACGUCCCUCACCUGAGUCCCCAACAUCUUUCCUAUGGAACGGAGGCUAUGUGAAGGCUUGCUCUAUUAUCCCUGGAACCGAGGAGUCAACAGAACAUGUCAUGGUUAUCAGUGUGCCUGGUUCACUCAUUGAACCUGUCAAUCCCGAGCCAACAUUUAUCUGGUUUUGGAAUGACAUCAAUUCUGACCAGUUCCAGGAGAUCAAAGGUGGGCAAAGCACUUGGCAAGUACGUCAAGAUGCACUUCAAGCUGCUUGUGACAUUUUAUGGGCGAAGGCUGUCAAAACUAAAGUCCCUCUCAAAUUCAUUGCACAAGUUUCCCCUUCAGACGCUGAUAUGUUCCCUUAUCGCUCAAACGAUGGUACACUAGCUAUCAUCUCGAUCGAAGCAGGCCAUCUUCUAUCUGCAUCCAAAGGCGAGCGUAUCACUACUUGCCCCCUCUGCAACACGAAAGUCACCAAUAUCCAUGCCCAUAUUGGCCAGCAUAUCUUGCACGAGUCCAUGAACACACCCGAGAAGAUCAGUCUGAAAGAACUGGUUGGUGAUGCUCUUCCAUGCAGAUUCUGCAGCUGUUCUGGACUUCCCGAAUGUGCCAUCACCAUCAAGGUGCCUACGAGCGGCACCCCAGACUGGGAAACGAAGUGUGCCUACCGACACACGUUCAAAUAUGGAUUUGCGGAUCAUGGAUCCAAGAACAAUCCCUGCUGCAACGUACCCUUGAAGUGCGGUCUAUGCUAUCCAACCCUCCCUCCUGAACCUGGGAAAACUUCACACAAGGUGCCAGUUGCUUUCGUCUCAAGUGUCUGGUGCUACAAUAUGACCGCCCAUAUUCUCAGUGAGCACAAAGAGUAUGCCAUUUCUGGAUGCAGAGAGGCCAGUGUUCCUUUGCCUGAGAGUGUCUGGGAGUCUAUGGAGUUGAGUGAGCUUGAACAGGCCUCUGCUGGCAUCCUGACAGAGUGCAGGCAACCUUCGCACAAGGGGAAGGAGAAUGUGCCAACUUCAGGUUCUCACUCUCUCAAACGCUCAGCAACGGCAUCUGCGGGACCCAUGACAUCCAAGUGUGUUUGCACUGCUAUCAAACCUCUUCAGACUGCACGUACUUUACUUGUGUAA